AUGGCUAAUCCCGAAUCUUUCAAAGUUAUCAUAGCUGGUGGAGGCAUUGCUGGUUUGGCCUUGGCCAACGCUUUGGAGAAGGCCGGUGUUGACUUUCUUCUGCUAGAAAAAAGAGAAAUUGCUCCUCAAACCGGGGCCUCUAUCAUCAUACAAUGCCACACUGCAAGGAUAUUGGAGCAGUUGGGCAUUUGGAGAGAAAUAUGUGCGGCAACAUUUUCGCUCGAAGGUCGCCUCCAUUUCGAUGAACGUGGAAAUCUGUUUGACAGCUCACCCAUUUUCAAGCUGGUAGAAGAAACGACGAGACGACCAAUCGUGCUUAUUGAGCGUCGUUUCUUUCUUGAUACGCUAUAUAAUUGUCUUAAGGACAAGUCUCGAGUUCUCACGAAUAUCGGCGUGGCGUCUUUUUGGGAGGAUGAGCAUGGCAUAACAGUCAUAACCGACCACGGGGAUAGCAUCAGGGGUAGUAUUCUCGUAGCAGCUGAUGGUGUUCAUAGCACAAUCCGCGGUCUCUUAGCUAGCGCGGUAUCCGAGACCGAUCCUGAGAGAUUCCAAUAUCUUACUAAAGGGUUCACUUCUAGCUACAGGGCAGUCUUCGGUACGUCGGCAAAUGGUCUAAGGGACGGUUCGACGAGGCCGCUACUACCGGAAGGAAUAGUUCACCAUGUUUAUCACAGGAAUGUUUCAGGACUCGCAGCAGCAGGAGCAAAAGGACUCCUUUUUUGGUUCCUAUUCAUAAAAGAAGAAAACCCCUCAACAACGCCUAACUGUCCGCGGUACACGGAGACUGACACUAUAGAAACUAUUGAGAAGUACGGAAAUCUAUUUGCGUGUCCAGGGUACACAUUCCGCGACCUCUGGGGGGCUAGGUCUCAUGCAGGCAUGGUUUCCAUGGAAGAAGGAGUGGUUCAAGGGCCUUGGAAUAACGGCGGUCGGGUUGUACUUGUUGGAGACUCCAUAUGCAAGACAACAGUCAAUUCCGGGUUUGGGGGUAACCUAGCUGUUGAAGGGGUCUGCAACCUUGUUAACAGGCUAGUGUCAUUGCUGCAAAGAAAUCAAACGCCCACAACCAAAGAUAUCGUAGCUACCUUUGAUAGAUACGAGCAAGCACAACGUCCGAGGGCCGAUAUUUCUGUAAAGAUAUCACACUCUACUACCCGGUAUGAGUCAAUGGACUCACUUUGGUUACGAUUCUUGCGGUGGCUUUCUCCUUGGGUCCCUCUAAGUUACCAGGUUAAGAGAUUUCUAAGUUAUAUGAAUCCAGCACCUAUUCUAGAAUUUCUGCCCGACCCCGACUCGGGCAGACAUUGACUUUGGCUAAUUCGUUUAAGAAUGAAGAGUAGGAGUUUGAGAUAUAGGUAUAACAGACUAAGGCUCGAGAAGAUAACAAAGCCAACCCACAAGAAUCUACCCAGUUGGGAAUGUUAAAGACCUCUUCACUAAAUUCAUUUUCACGAGUUAGCGGAUACACCAUGAGUGAAAUAACUGAUUAUUAUUAUCAGCAGCUCUGAUUCCGGUUCGCGUAGUCUUUCUUACAAGGACCCAUUCAUCUAGAUGUCUAAAGAAAGCAUAUUGAGAGACUACUUAAUCUACUCAAAUUAUCCGACCUAACUGCGGGAUAAAUCAUCCGUAUCCAGGUAUCAAUUUCCAUUCAGGAUCUCUUGAAGACGAGCUCGUA